AUGUUUGGUGUGGCCCACUUUGUGCACCUGGCCACCGCGCUGUCAGCGGUGGCGGCGGUGAUGCCGCUGCUGCCCGUGGCCACGGUGGCGCUGCCGGCGGUGGCUGAGCUGGUGCUCGUGAGGGGCCAGCCCCUGGCGGCCCUGGCGCUGGCGGCGCUCCACAUAGGGGCCUACACGGUGUGUGAUGACCUGAUCUACCGGGAGAUCGAGCCCACCAUGCCCUACAUCCUGUCACUCGGCGUAUUUGGGGGCAUGACCUACUUCAGGAGCCCACUGCAGGGCGUUCUGCUGGGGCCGAUGCUGCUGGCGCUGCUGUCCGUGGCCUACACCCUGCACCGCGACAUGGUGGCGUGA